CGUGAUUCAUCACUGCAAUAUUUUCUCUCUCUUUAUCAUUUUCACCACCGUCAAGUAGCCUGUACAAUACAAUACGAUACACACUGCAAUACAAACUCUUUCUUUCCCUUCUCUUCCUCUUCCUUUCCCACUCCACCAAAUCUCCAAUGGCGUCCCAUCGCUACGCUCGCCUUCUCGCUUCCUCGCUGCAACUUCUGCUCUGUUCUUCCUUUCUACUGGCCGACGACUCCGCUCCGUCCGCCUCGCCCUGCGCCUUCCCCGCCGUCUUCAACUUCGGCGACUCCAACUCCGACACCGGAGGACUGUCGGCGGCGUUCGGCGCGGCCCCUCCGCCGCACGGAGAGACCUUCUUCAGAGCGCCUGCCGGCAGGUACUGCGACGGCCGCCUCAUCGUCGACUUCAUCGCUCAGGGCAUUGGGCUUCCUUUUCUCAGUGCAUAUCUCAAUUCAAUAGAAGCAAAUUUCUCCCACGGAGCUAACUUCGCUACGGCAGGAUCGACCAUUCGGAGACAAAAUGCAACUCUUUUCCAAACUGGGUACAGUCCUUUCUCUUUGGAUGUUCAAACCUGGCAGUUUACACAGUUCAAAUCUAGAUCUCAGAUAGCUUAUGAGAAAGGGACAUUUAGAGAUGUAUUACCUCGAGAGGACUACUUCUCUAGGGCUCUGUAUACUUUCGACAUCGGCCAAAAUGACCUCACUUCAGGCUAUGUCAAUAACAUGACUACCGAGGAAGUGAAAGCAACUAUCCCUGAUAUCCUUGAUAAAUUCACUAUUGUCAUAAAGAGUGUCUAUGGCCAAGGAGGAAGGUACUUUUGGAUCCAUAACACAGGUCCCUUUGGUUGUUUGCCUUAUGUUAUAGACCGAUUUCCUAUCAGAGCACCUGAGGUCGACCACAUUGGCUGCGGAACUCCAUUUAAUGAAGUGGCUCAGCUGUUUAACGCCGAGCUUAAGCAAACUGUAAUCAAACUCAGAAAAGACCUCCCUAAUGCCGUAUUCACCUAUGUUGAUGUCUACUCUGUGAAGUUCAAACUCAUAAGCCAAGCCAAGAUGCACGGCUUUGAACACCCUCUUGUCUCUUGCUGUGGGCACGGUGGCAAGUACAACUACAACUUCCACUGGGGUUGUGGUUCUAAGGCCGUAGUGAACGGCACCGAGGUUAUGAUUGGGAAGGCGUGCAAGAAUCCUUUGAAGAGGAUAUGCUGGGAUGGAGUUCACUAUACUGAGGCCGCCAACAAAUGGGUGUAUGAUCAAAUAGUGGAGGGUGCAUUCUCAGACCCACCAACCCCUUUGAGAAUGGCAUGUCAAAGGCAGGCUCACUGAGAGCUACUACUACACCUCUGCCUGCCUUGUUUCACUUGGGCUGCUAAUCAAUAAUGCUGCAUGAGUUUUUGCGUGCAACUAAUUUUGUAGCAGCAAAUUAGCCCUUUGGUUCUGUGUGGUAGUGCAUUUGCAAGCACUUGAAUUCACCAAGUAGUAAAUUCAUACCCAACAACCUUGCGCGUAUCGUCGGUUGUAGACUGUUGCGAGUGUUAACUAAACCUUAACGAAAUUGUUCAAUUGCUAGAAUCAACAAGUAGAACAUCACUUAAAACCAUUGAUAGCAAUUUCUACAUAAUUAAUAGUAAUCUUAUUUUCAACUUCCAUUUGAUGUUGGGAGGUUAAUUCGAGAACUUGGCCUGCACAACUUUAAGGGCACCAGCUCUCUUUCGCAAGACCAGAAUUCAGCCUCUCACUUUUUCUCCCUCCUUUUGGCAAAGGGAAAAGCCUACCGUGCAUGCGUGACCUUUAAUAAUAACAGCUUUCCAUCUCAAUGCGUGCAAAGCAAUGCAAGGAGAAGGCAGCAGUGAAACAUGCACUAACAUAAAGCUAGCAGAGGAAAGCAUAUCUCUCUUCUCUCUUGUUUUCUCCAUAUCUCUCCUUCCAUCGCCUCUUCACUUCCACUUAUUAGUUCAUAAUUUAUCUUUGCUUCGCCUGAUCAAGUUAUGGCAGCUUGCGGUGCCUUGGUGCUGUUCUUCACUUGCUCUCACCAGGCAUUCAUCGGAGCGGUAGUCGAUCGAGAUGGUGGCUCGGUGACCUAGCUAAUUACAUCUAGUCAAGGAUUACUAAUGCCAUGAUGGGGAAUCGAGCAUGCUGGUCCGAUGAUCUUUGUUUUUGCUAUUGUUUCCAUUGUUUUGUUUUUCUCUUUAAAUGGAGAGUUACUUGUGUUUGUUUGCUCUUAUAGUUCUGUGAUAUUCAGUCACUGACUUGAAUAGAUUUUGCAGAAACUUGGAUGCCAUGAAAU